AUGCCAAGACAAAUGAGUUGCCAUGGGUUAGGAGCAAGGAUAUUUCGCCGCUUCUCUGUUAGUUACCGUACUGUGAUUGAAGGAUUCUCCAUGGAAACAGGCAUAGCAUGCUACACCCGCGGGCCUUUCUUGCCUACUGUUUCUUCCAAGCACUCCCCACCCUCCGUCUCUCCAUCUUUUGGCUUCAGGAAUCUGAAAUCAAGCUCUUUAUUUGGAGAAUCACUAAGGGUGGCAUCCAAAUCAACACUGAAGGUUUCCAGGACAAAGGAUACUUCACUCGUAACCAGAUGUGAAAUUGGUGACAGUCUGGAAGAAUUCCUCACAAAAGCAACACCAGAUAAGGGGCUUAUCAGGUUGUUGGUAUCCAUGGGAGAAGCAUUAAGAACAAUUUCCUUCAAAGUGAAGACGGCUUCUUGUGGUGGAACGCAGUGUGUUAAUUCUUUUGGGGACGAGCAGCUUGCAGUGGAUUUGCUGGCUAACCAGCUCCUUUUUGAGGCCUUAAAUUACUCCCAUUUCUGCAAGUAUGCUUCCUCUGAAGAAAAUCCCGAGCUCCAGGACAUGGGAGGUCCUGUUGAAGGUGGAUUUAGUGUUGCAUUUGAUCCCCUUGAUGGCUCCAGCAUUGUGGACACAAAUUUCACAGUCGGCACCAUUUUUGGUGUGUGGCCUGGAGAUAAGUUGACUGGGGUCACCGGAAGAGAUCAAGUUGCAGCAGCCAUGGGGGUUAUGGGUCCUAGAACCACAUAUGUGCUUGCUCUAAAAGACUUCCCUGGCACCCAUGAAUUUCUUCUGCUUGAUGAAGGAAAAUGGCAGCAUGUCAAAGAGACCACAGAAAUUGGUGAAGGAAAAUUGUUCUCCCCAGGAAAUUUGAGAGCCACAUCUGACAACCUCGAUUAUGCCAAGUUGAUCGACUACUACGUCAGCGAAAAGUAUACAUUGAGAUACACCGGAGGAAUGGUUCCGGAUGUCAACCAG